AGCACCACCCUCGCACAGUCGCACCCAGCAGGCCAGCAGUAGCACAGCACCACCCACUCACCCAGGACCACCCAGCGGACAGAGCACCACGCCACCACCUAGAACAGCACCACGCCACCACCCAGCAGCGUUUCUGGCCACCCACAACACAACACCUCCCACCCAGUCACCGAUUCAAGUCAGAGAUGGAGCCCGAGCCACCGAGUCAGGUAUAAAGGUGGACCAGCAUUACCGAGGAAGUUGAUCUCGCAGGGUGCUGCACAGAAGCAAUAUAGUGUUGAGGUUCACCCACUCAUUUUGAAGUUGACUGAUGCCAGAGAUAACAGUGUGUCAACUGUAAAAUUAAGCAAAAAGGUACCAAUUGAUUUCAUAUGGGGUUGUCUUGUUGGUUUUGCGGUUAUGUUGCACUAAGUACAGAUGAGUAUCGAAUCCGUUAAAGUACGACACCUAUUCAAUUUUAAAAGCAUAUGUAAUACACAUUGGCAUUACUAUGUCAAUGAUAUUCAUCUCUUAUCCAAAAAGAAAAAAUACUGUUGAGUAUUUUUAUGUGAGGAAGACAUUGGAACACUGACAUUACUUGAUAGCCUAUUGCAAGUAAAGAACAUGAUUUGCUAUUAUAGGCAAACAUAAGGGAACUAUAUGAACUGGUGUUCAAAAUCAAAGGAGUAGAACAAAAAAAGGAGAAGCAUUAUUAAGAACUUGGAAAAAGAGGUGGUAAUGCAUUAGAGCAGUUAGUUUGUUCCUAUGGGGUGGAGAUCACGUUCCUACACUGGCCUCUUUCUGUCAGUAGUAAGGGUUGCGAAGUCACAUUCGGUGCCCGUCUCUCAAAAGUCCAAAGUAUUUUAUUAUUCAGCUCCAAGUGUUUUAAACGGUUGUUUUAGUAAUGGUUAUGUGAUGAAUUUUCAAGCAAUUAGAACAUAUGCUCGAGGUGGACGCAAAGGUUAUGAUCUCUUUAGCAGCAGAAAACCAGGGAGUGCAGAUUUCAGGAAAGCCUGGGCGAAGGAGAUGGAUGAAGAUAACACUCUAUGGACAGGAAGCGAAGAUGAAACUGAUGAAGAAAAUGACUCAAAGAGUCAUCUUGAUAAAGAGAUUAGGAAGGCAAGACAGCAAGCUAAAGAACACGCAGAUCUGAUCGAUGCUGAUGACAGUGAUGAGUUAAGAAGUGUUUGGUCUGACACCGAUGAAGAGAAGACGCUGUGGACUGGUGAUGAAAUGGACAGUGAUGAUGACAUUCCUACAGAAGCUUAUCCAAAUGAAAAAAGUGAUAAGUACAUAGAUAAAUUGUUUGAGUUUGAUGAAAUGCCGAAAUAUAGAACCAUCUCAGAGAUGUUGAAAGCCGAACAAGAACCGGAAGAGUUGUCACCAGGAAAGCAAGCUCGGAAGAUCGCUGUUGAGAAUGCUCUCAAGAAACUAAAGAAAGGUCCAGAUGGGAGGUACACCAAUGUAUGGGAAGUAAUGAGUGACUUGGACAUUCUUAUUGGAGCAUUUGAGAAUGUUGUUUCAGGUCCAGAGUAUGCAGAGCUUCGACAAGGAGGGCCUAAACAAUUGAAUAUGCAAUUUUUCAAGGACAUACAAGCACGUAUGAGAGAUCCAAAUUACAAAUUCUCACCUGAGUUGAAAUUGAGACCAAAGAGUAAACUGGUUCCAAGAAAAAAAUGGCAAAAAGCACAGGCUAGAAGGAGAAAAGCACAAAAGAGGUAAAAGCCAAUGGGCUUACAUUGUAGUUUACCUUUGUACUACUUAUGCUACUUCUUUAAGGUAGUGUUUGUUUCCAGAGACUGGGAUUGGGACUUAGUAUUGUGUUUGGUGGCCAAAGAUUGGAACUAAAAUUUCAGUCCUGGAACACAAAAUUCCCUUUAGUACCUCCAGAAAAUGGGAAUACAGGGGACUGAAAUUUUUGGGAAUGGAUAUAGAAACUUUGAUAACAUUUCCUCUCAAAAAUACCCUCAUUUAACUUUUCAAAUUCCAAAUCUACCUUUUAAUCUCCGUAUUUAUGUUAAACUAAAUAUAAUAUGGAGACAUAACUCAGUUCAGCACAUUUUAUAUCAAACACAGUACAAAGACUUAAUUUAGUCUCUGUUUCCGAGUCUCAGUCUCCCUUCCAAACGUAGCCUAAUAGAUUAGAAUACAACAACAACAAAGGCUUGUCCCAUUAGAGUUGUUUCUGAGUUGGGGUUUUACGGGAAAAAGGGAAGGAAAGGAAAGGCUUGUAGUGUUAAACUUUAAAUUUUUUACAUUACAAUCCCCUUCUUUUCCUACUCUUCCCAUCCCUCCAAAAUGCCAGCUCGCAAACAACCCUCUUAGACAGGGUCGGCUGCAUAGUUUAGUCAAUUUAUAGUUAAACCUUUUCAAUAUUGGAUGAGAAUGAUGUAUACCAAUGGAUUAGAUAUUUCACUAUUUAAUCCA